AGUGGAAAAAAAGGGUGAUAUAAAGAGAAAAAAGAGAGGAGAGAAGGAGACUAAGUUAUCUGACUUUACACACACACUCUCACAAACUCUCAGGAUGAGGUUUGAGGAGGUCCUGGAUCAGGUAGGAGGCUUCUCCAAGUUUCAGUUUCUUGUGCUCUACUUGCUCUGUUUGCCCCGGGUCAUCCUCCCCCUGCACUUUCUUUUGCACAACUUCCUCUCGGGAGUACCUCCACACCACUGCGCGCUCGGGAAACCCGGAGAUGAGCACCAAACCCUGGAUGACCCCGAGGCCUUGGCCCUCAGAGUGCCUCGCGAAGCUGAUGGAUCCUUCAGCUCCUGCAGGGCUUUUAACACUUCAUUGACCUUUGACCAUGCCAACUAUACCAAUGUGUCCGUUUCGGUGCCAUGCCAAGAUGGCUGGGUGUACGACCGCUCCCAGUUCACCUCUACCACCGCCACCCAGUGGGAUUUAGUGUGUGAAAACAAGAAAUUAAACCAGGCCCUUGCUACUUUCUUUUUCAUUGGAGUCACCAUUGGAUCAGUUUUAUUUGGAUAUCUCUCAGAUAAGGUUGGUCGGAAGACCAUGAUCCUAGUGUCCUUCGUUGCCAGUGCCGUAUUUGGAACCAUGUCCGCCUUCUCUGUGUCAUACGUCAUGUUUGCCGUGACCAGGACACUCUGCGGAAUUGGGCUGACGGGAAUGUCCAUUACCACCGUUGCCCUGAGUAUAGAGUGGACCGACAUUAAGCAUCGCACCUUCACAGGGACCAUUAUCAGUCUGGGCUGGAGUGUGGGCAACAUGCUCUUGGCCCUGCUGGCAUACUUCAUACGAGACUGGAGAUCUCUGAUGCUGGUGGUGACCUCCCCCUGCAUUGCUGCCAUCAUUUCCUGGUGGUGGAUACCAGAGUCUGCAAGAUGGUUACUUGCCAAAGGAAAAGUAGAGGAGGCCAAAAAGUAUCUGAUGCAGUGUGCCAAAAUGAAUGGGAAGCAUGAUUAUGCCGCAAAACUUGAUACUGAGACUCUGAGCAAGGUAACUGUUUCUGAGGUUGCCAAUAAGAAAUAUUCCUACUUGGAUCUGGUCAAGACACCCCGGCUUAGAAAAAUCACAAUUUGUUCGGGAAUAUUCUGGUUUGCUGUGGCGUUCACAUACUAUGGGAUCAGCUUCAAGAUUACAGGGUUUGGUCUGAAUAUGUACCUCACACAUUUCGUAUAUGGUGCCAUUGAAGUCCCAGCCAAAGUGGGGACCUAUUACGCCUUGGAUUGCAUUGGGCGGAGAAAUGGCCAGGCAUGGUCUCUCAUUAUUACAGGAACCUUGAUAGCUCUCAACACUGCUAUCCCGACUGAAUAUUCUCUGGUUCGCACUUGCAUAGCUGUAGUGGGAAAAGGUUUCUCAGAAGCAGCUUUCACAACGGCCUUUCUUUACACUGCAGAGCUAUUUCCCACUGUACUGAGACAGUGUGGUUUAGGUUACACCUCCUUCUUGGGGCGUAUGGGGGGAUCCCUGGCCCCUAUGUUCAUGCUGCUGGAAGACUAUUGGGUGUUCGCACCACCACUCAUCUUUGCACUCACCGCCAUUGGCAGCGGUUUUGUGGUCUUCCUGCUGCCUGAGACCCUGAAUAUGCGCCUUCCCGAAAACAUCCUUGACAUAGAAGAAGGAAGGCAUCGGCAUAAUGCUCGUAAGGAAGAGAUGGUUGAGUUGAAUGAAAUCAACUCACUACCCGUUACUUCAAAAUGACAUGGUAAUCCUAAGGCUGCUGUUAGUAAUUCAAAUCCAGUAACAAGUCCUGACCUGAGAGCUCCCCUAAUAUCUGAAUUGGGUGAUUUUUUUCACCCCUGCAAUGCUCAUAUCAAAUGUUUAUUCUAAAAUGUCAAUAUGAAUGAAGAUUUGACAUUAUUAUGUGUCAUGCCUGUCAAUGUUUUAUAUGUUGCUAUUGGAUUUCUUGUGAUAAAUGUGAUACUCACUUAUUUGUCAUGCAUAAUCACCAUGCAUAAUAUAAGAAUAUUAUGCAUGGUCAUGAUGUUAUCCAAAACAGGUUGAUCGCAGUGAUACAAAAAUGGCACAAUAAGACAUAAUGUCAGUCCCUUAGAUUCUCUGUACCCAGAAAUUCAAGUGUGGUAAACAUGAAGCACAAAUCCAUGAUAUACAUAAAAAUUAUUUUAGAAAAUUGCAUGUAAAAAGUAUAAAGUAUGUCCAUACACUGUCCAGUGUUUCAUUAUCUACAAAUAAAAUCUAAGUUAUUGUCCA